ACAUUUAGUGCUGGUCUUGAUUCUCUAAAUUUUCUCAUUUUCUUUGCAACUACAUCAGCAGCAGCUUUUUAAAGAGAGAGAAACCACAACUCAAGUGCUAUUGUGUUUCAGUUUUCCGUAAAAGAGAAGUCGUAGAUUUAACUUUUGGUCAGCUUUGCUUGAUUUCAUUUACAUUUUCUAUUCUGGAAGUCUUUAUUACUGAGCCAUGAAUCCAUGUAUCCCUGGUUGGAAUUUUGAAGGUGAUCUUCCUGUCACCACCAAUCAGAAAAAACCCAUCUGGCCAGAACAUGACCUAGUAGAGCUCUUAUGGGAAAAUGGGCAGGUAGUUUUCAACAGCCAAACGCAGAGAAAACCAAGUCUGAAUCCUAAUCAGUCUAGACAUGUCCAAAAACAAAAUUCAAGGGAAAGUGCUUCAUAUGGGAAUUCAAGUAAUUUGAUUCAGGAUGAUGAAACAAUCUCAUGGGUUCAAUACCCGCUUGAAGAUUCCUUCGAGAAAGACUUCUAUUCGAAUUUUUUCUCUGAACUGCCGGCUGGUCCGAUGGAGACUGAUAAGCACACAAGACAAUUUGGAGAAGAAAAGUUGGUUACAGUUGCUGCUUCAGGUUUGGCAACAAAUUCACAACCUUCAAAUGUUACCAAUCCGGUUGUCCCUGGAAUAAACAAGAACGCAAUGCCUCCUCCAAGAUUUGAGUGUCAUGAUUCAGUCCAACAAGAUAAAAAUUUAGGCGGUUUAGGGGAAGCUGUUAAUUUUUGUCAAACCGCAGCUCCCUUGAUGGCCGAGCUAGGAUCUUCUAAUGGACAGUUUGUUCACAGAGGGACUAGAAAUAUGACAAAUGGGGAGGUCAGGGAGUGUUCAAUGAUGACAGUUGGGUCAAGCCAUUGCGGUAGCAAUCAGGUUGCAUAUGAUCUUGAUAUGAGUCGAGGUUCCAGCAAUGGUGCGGUGACUACUAGUAUAUCUCCUGGAAAUUGCAACAGUGACAUUCAGAAAGUAAUUUGUCAGAGUGAGAGAGCUAAAACUGAGACACUUGAAGCUACUGUUACGUCCUCUUCUGGUGGAUCUGGAAGUAGUUUUAAUAGAACAAGCAAACAAUCUACUGGGGAGAUUAGCCACAAGAGGAAGAGUAGAGAUGCAAGGGAAUCUGAUUGCCAAAGUGAUGCAGCUGAACUUGAUUCAGCAGGGGGGAACAAAUCAUCCCAAAGAUCUGGCUCUUGCCGCAGGAGCCGUUCUGCUGAAGUGCACAAUCUCUCAGAAAGGAGACGAAGGGAUAGGAUAAAUGAGAAGAUGAGGGCAUUGCAAGAGCUCAUACCCCACUGCAACAAGACAGAUAAAGCAUCAAUGCUAGACGAAGCAAUUGAAUACUUGAAGUCUCUCCAGUUACAACUUCAGAUGUUUCAGGUCAUGUGGAUGGGAAGUGGCAUGACCCCCAUGAUGUUUCCAGGAGUUCAGCAUUUUAUGUCUCGUAUGGGAAUGGGAAUCGGUCCGACACCGUUGCCAUCUAUAAACAAUCCUAUGCAUUUGUCUGGGGUCUCUCUAGUUGAUCAAUCCAUGUCUAUAGCCCAAGCGCACAAUCAGGCUGUAAUGUGUCAAAAUUCAAUGUUGAAUUCGGUUAAUUACCAAAAUCAGAUGCAGAAUCCAAACUUCUCUGAUCAAUAUGCACGUUAUAUGGGGUUUCACCCUAUGCAAACGACCUCUCAGCCUAUCAACAUGUUCAGAUUUGGUCCUCAGACAGUGCAGAGUCCAAUAAUGUCUCUGCCUAGCACUAGUUGUGGACCCUUCACUGGAGGAGCUGCAACAGAUAAUGCCUCCCAAGUGGCCAGACAGGUUAAUCAGUGAGAAAACUAGGAAGGAAAGUGAAAUACCUAUGGUCCCCCUAUAUUUAUCAUGGGACCAUAACCAGAUGGUGAAAGCUUUGUUCAUCCUGGCAGCUACUGCCUACAUUAAAUUGCUCUUUUAUAAGUUCUCACUGGAUAGGUAAGGAGUAAAAGCUCUGAUGGGUAUUUGUCACAGAAACAAACAACUGUCACAAAAGUUGAUGUAUCUCAAUCACAUAUUGGUUCAUUGAACUUGCUAAGUUAUGAUCGAAUGAGCCAAUUCGUUCACUCACUACUGCAGCGUGGAUCGAUUGAGACAUGGGAAUCGCCUUCUCCGGAUUUGUUUUUUCCUGCUACCAUCGCAAAUUCAAGAUUAUUGUGCUGCCAUUCCAUAAUAUGUAUAACUACUUACAAUUUCUUCCUUCUUGGCAUUAACAUGUAAAAGCUCCUGCUAUCGCUGAAACUGCAAGUACGAAAAACUGUAAUAACAUUUGUUCAAUCUUCUCGACAA